AUGGCAUAGCAGAGCAACCAGACUUCAGGAAGUGACUUCAUUCUCCUAGAUCUGUUUCACAGCACCCCAGUUUCCUGGGCACUCACCAUAGUGGACUUUCUGGUUGCCCUGGUUGGCAACUCCACAAUCAUCCUCCUCAUUUGGGCAGACCCUCUUCUCCACAACCCCAUGUACUUUCUGCUCAGCCAGCUCUCUCUCAUGGAUCUCUUGUAUAUCUGCACAUUUGUCCCCAAAAUGGUCCUGGUCUUUCUCUCUGGGGACCACCAAAUCUCCUUCAUUGGGUGUAGCUUUCAGAUGUUCCUCUUCACUACUCUUGUUGGGUCAGAAUGCCUAUUGCUGGCUGUGAUGGCAUAUGAUCGGUAUGUGGCCAUCUGCCAUCCACUUCACUACCCCAUCCUCAUGAGCCCCAAGCUCUGUGUAUGGCUGGUACUUGUAACCUGGAUGGGGGCACUACUUAAUUCCUUGAUCCAUGUUGUCUACACUCUGACUCUUCCUUUCUGUGAAUCCAGGGAGAUCCACCAUUUCUUUUGUGAGAUCCCAGCCCUGCUGAAAGUGGUCUGUGUGGACACCUCUCAAUAUGAAAAUGGUAUUUUUGUCAGUGGGGUAAUUUUUCUUCUCCCACCCAUCUCAGCCAUUCUGGGCUCCUACGGCAGCAUAGUAUCCACCGUACUGGGUAUGGGAUCAAAGCAGGGACUGAGGAAAGCUUUGACUACUUGCUCUUCUCAUAUGAUUGUUGUUUCCCUGUUCUAUGGUGCUGCCAUCAGCAAGUACAUUGUUCCAAAGUCUUACCACACUCCUGAGCAGGAGGAAUUGGUCUCUGUCUUUUACACCAUCAUAACGCCCAUGCUCAACCCUCUCAUCUACAGCCUGCGAAACAAGGAUGUCACUAGAGCCCUUAAGAAAGUUUUUGGAAAAUGA